AUGGCAUCCCAUGACAAAGAUGUGGGGCCCUUACUGCCCAGUCCCUGGGACGCCAUCCUUGAGGCCGUCAAGGAGCAGCUCCCAUCUCUGGACUCAGAUUCCUCCUCGUCAAACUGCGAGGAAGAGGAGCUGUUCAUCUUCCAGCGAAAUCAAACCGCCCUGAUUCCAGACUUGUCAGAAGAACUGGCCGAAGACCCUGAUGGGGCCUGGGUCACUUCCUCUGGGUCUCCUCCUGAGGUCUCUGUAGUGCCUGUGGAAUCCUCUGGGGAACCCUGGGGAGAGUGGAACGCUGGGCCCCAGGCCCAGAAGUCAGCCUCUCUGGAAGGAAGGGCCCCUGGCAGGCCUUUGCAGAGCUGUGAUGAGAGCAGCUCUCUUCUCAGGAUGCCUGUGGAGACCCCCACGUGGCAGGAUGACGAUGGGGACACAGCCUUCAACACCAGUACAUCACAUAGUCCUUGCCAGGGGCCACAGGGAGAGGCCACUCUCUCCCCUCAGGAAGCAGGCCUGCAGACAGAGCCCCCAGGCGCUGCCUUAUUGGCCCAGGAGGGCUCAGACUCUGCAAACCGCAGAGCCCUCCGGAGGGAGAGAAGGAAGAUGAUCGAGAAAGACAUACUUCACAAAGUCACCUGGGAUGCCCAGGACCCAGCCUACCAAGACCUGAGUGGAGUGAAGGAGAUGCCCUGUGAUGCUGCGGAAACGCUGCCAGAGGGGCCCCAGCGUGGACUGCCCUUGCUCUCCCUCCAGCAGCUUGAAGAGUGGGAUUUGGAUCAAGUCCUUCAGAGUCUGACAGGGCGAGAAGAGGAACCGGGAGAUGGCGCUUCUGGAGCCACGUGGUGGGCAGCAGACCUUCUCCAGGGCCAAGACGAUGCCAAGCAGAGCACCCAGGACAGGCUCAUGGAACAACUCACCCUCCUAUGUACCAUGCAGUCCAGAGAGACCAGCAGGGCCCAGCCAGGCUACGGGACUGCACGGGGAAGAGUCAGCUCCUCCAACAGCUCCGGGCAUUUCGGAAGGCAUCGGCUCAGCCCAAGCUGCCAGCUGGCAAGGGUCCCAGAAGCCAGAAGGCUCAGGCCCCUGGAGACACGGCUGGAUCCAGCCCCGGGGGAAAGCAACAUGUAA